UAAGUUGACGGAUGCUCGAUAUAUCGAUUUUGUGCACCCCUGGCCUCACACGCCAUUUUAACCACAGAAAAAAAUCUCGAGUUGAAAAUUCGACUGACGCUUGAGUUGCAAAAGUGCAGAGUUCUCAAAAAAUAAAAAAGAAUUAAUAUUUUCUUAUAAUCAAGGAAUUACUUUAAUCUUGUAUUAGUCAUGGAUCGUGGUGGUUAUGGCGGUGGUGGCGGCGGCGGCGGCGGUGCCGGACAGUACAAUAAUUUUGCUGUUCCUCCGCCAAAUUACCAACAAAUGCCAAAUAAACCUGGCAACUAUAACGAGCCCCCUCCAAACUAUAGCAAACCGGGCGGAGGUUAUGAUUCUGGCCAUCGUGGUGGUGGCGGUGGCGGCGGCGGCAGCGGCGGUGGUGGCGGCGGAUCAUGGAACGACAGAGGAGGCAAUUCCUAUGGAAAUGGAGGCGCCAGCAAGGACAACUACAACAAAGGAUACGGUGGCAGUAGCGGCGGUGGAGGAGGCGGCAGCAGCGGUGGUGGUGGAGGCGGCGGUGGCAACGAUAUGAUCACACAGGAAGAUACAAUCUUUGUUUCUGGCAUGGAUCCAUCCACCACGGAGCAAGAUAUCGAAACUCAUUUCGGUGCCAUUGGCAUUAUUAAGAAAGACAAGCGUACAAUGAAGCCAAAGAUUUGGUUGUACAAGAAUAAGGAAACUGGCACCUCGAAGGGUGAGGCGACCGUCACCUACGAUGAUGUGAAUGCUGCACAGUCGGCCAUUCAGUGGUUCGAUGGCAACGAUUUCAACGGAUCUGUCAUCAAAGUCUCGCUGGCCCAGCGUCAAAAUAAUUGGAGCAAAGGCGGCGGCGGCGGCGCUCGCGGUGGCUUCGGCGGACGCAGUCGCGGUGGCGGCGGUGGCCGCUUUGAUCGCGGUGGCGGUGGAGGAGGCGGUGGGGGCGGCGGUGAUUAUGAUCGCGGCAGCGGAGGCGGCGGCGGCGGUGGUGGAGGCCGUGGAGGUGGACGCUUUGGCGGCGGCGGUGGUGGUGGCGGUGCUGGUGCCGGCGGCGGAAAUGUGCAGCCUCGCGAUGGCGACUGGAAGUGCGCCAGCUGCAACAACACCAACUUUGCUUGGCGCAACGAGUGCAAUCGUUGCAAAACACCAAAGGGCGACGAAGAUGGCAACUCUGGCGGCGGUGGUGGUGGUGGCGGAUUCGGUGGUGGCGGCGGCGGUGGCUACGGCGGAAUGAACGAGCGUGGCAAUGAUCGCGGCUCAGGCGGAGGUGGAUAUCAGAAUCGUGAUCGUGGCAAUGGAGGAGGCGGCGGCGGUGGUGGAGGAGGUGGUUACUCCCGCUACAGCAACGACAAUGGUGGUGGUGGGGGUCGUGGCCGCGGUGGUGGCGGUGGCGGUGGCGGCGGCGGUGGCCGUAGGGAUGGAGGCGGAGCCAUGCGCAACGAUGGCGGCAUGCGCUCCAGACCGUAUUAAAUAACCAUAUUUUUUUUGUAACAUUAAAUAAAUAAACAUUAGCAAGUACUCUCUUUUAACUGUACUUUUAUAUUUACAAACACCCACACCACCAGUCAAGAAAGAACAAUAAGACGGAAAUGAAAAAAAUUAAACGAACUAAAAGGAAAA